AAGGUGUGAGUGGCUCCACUGGGCAACGGAAAAGAAGGUCCUGUUGCAAUAUUGAGUCUCCUGCCAGCCUUGCAGCCUGAUGCCCCCGGUUGGCCUCAUGAAGUGGCAAGUCACUCUCCAGAUGCUAUUACUCCUUGGCACAUUAGGCCUGCCAGUGUUGGCAAGAUGGAAGGACAGAUAUUUUUCUGAAAUCCGAAUUCCAGAUUACAUUUUAACAAGGCCCAAACUGCACUUCUGCCUGGCGAGGCCGACCAGCACCCAGUGCACAAGCUACUGCAGGGCGCACCUGGACUGUGAGCGGGACUUUCACUGCUGCCGCUCCUUCUGUGGCAAUGUCUGCAUGAGCCCGGAAGAGGCGGAGGGCAUAAAGCCAAACCAUAAAAUCAGGAACUUGGUGCGCAUGGUUGUACCAUAAAUCAUCGUCGUUACAAGCCACUUGGAAAGUGUUGGAAGACCAACCUCCUGUUGGACCCUCCUCUCGAAUCAGGUGUGGGUAGGGGUGAGGGUGCCCAGACAACGUCUUCCCUGCCUACCCCUUCCCCAUAAGCUGUUCCAGGAACCGAGGCCCUGCUUCUGUCUAUAGUUACAGGACUGUUGCUGCCCCAACUACUCUAACUCCACCCCUCCCCCCAGCCCCUAACCCCUACCUCCUAGUUUAGAUUCUUCCUACCUUCCCACCCUUUAGCAGUCUAGUCUCUUUCACCCAGACUCCUAGACCUAUUUAUCUCUGCUUAUUGACAUGACAUAAUGAAGAGAAAACUGCUUAUAUGGGAUGGGGGAAGUGUUCUUUUUGGCCAAUGAGGAAACUGUUACUUUGAAUUCUCCAUGCCUGGGUAUACCCCUUCUGAGACCAUCUCAGGUCCUUGAUUCUCAUAGGUUCCCCACAAGCUACUUCUAUUUUUAAAUUAGUCCACGAAUGUGACAUCUUACAUAAAUAUGGCUACACUGUAAGAUGGCAUUGCUUGCUCUAAAUAAGCUCUCCUCUUAAACAUCACCUGCUUGUCACUAUGAUUCAGUCAAUUGUUUGGGGGUUUUUAAGGGUCUUUUCAAAUGCUACAGAAAGAAUAAACAGCAUCUAGAGGAUUGUCAA